AUGUUGAUCUUUCUAUCAUCCGCUCUGUUUUGUAUCGUAGCAGCCUCAUCUAGCUACGAAGAUUCGGAUGAGUAUCAACCAUCACGCUACUAUGAAGAAGAAGGCUCACCCUCCGUCGAAGAUGGCUACUAUGGUUCUGAUAAACCUCAAAAUCAAUACGAGACAAAUGGAAAUAAUGGAGGGUAUGGGGUGCCAGAGUAUGGAAAAUGUCAGAUGAUAAAACAACUCAAGGUUCCGGGAUACAGAACUGCUCGUGCCAAAUUCCAAAAUCUGGAAAAAGACGGAAACACAUAUGUCGCCAUCAGUUGUCCAAACACCGGAAAACCGUAUGCUCUUGUUGCGAAAAAAGAAGGAGCCGAUACAUUCUUCACAUUUGGUCCUGGAGUCGUUCUUCAGGAUACUGUUUUGCUAUCAUCGGGAUACAAUCUUGAUUUCUCAGCAAGAUGCAAUGAAAAAAACACAUUCGCCAGAGCAUUCAAUGGUAGAAAAGUUUCGAUCCGAAGAGUCGCUUGUGUUGAAUUGGCACAACCAAAUACUAUUAACGGAUAUUGA